AUGUUCAGGAUUUUAUACUUGUUUGUGCUAUGCGGAGCAGUGUCUGCCAGCAUCUUUAACUUCAUGCACGACCAAUAUCAGCAUCAGGAGCCUCGUCACGAGGUCUCUUUUGAACAGCGGGUUCUUGAAUCCAAUUGCGAUAAGUACUUGUGUCCCGGAACACUAGAAUGUGUGGCACGGCCACAGGAUUGCCCAUGUCCAUAUCCAUCAUCGCAGAUGCGGUGUGUCCUUCCUAACGGAGAUCCCUUGUGCAUUUCCAAGCCUACCGGAGACUACAAUGGGAAAUACGAUGAUCCAGCGAAAAACUGGAAGGUUGAUGCGAAAGACGACAAUGUCAGAGACUGUGGAUGGGUGAAAAGAGCAUGGGAGGGUCGGGUGUGA